AUGGGCUGGUUCUGGGGUGGUUCGAACGACAACGACCCGGUCAAGAAGAUUGACCCCGGUCUCCGAGAGUAUCUCGAGCAUGAAGCUCCGCAAAAAUACGUGCCCGCGCAGAGCCCUCCGACGGUAGAAAAGCCGACUCAGUCGUCGAAAACUGUACCAGCCGACCAGAGCGGCUCAUCUACGCCCGCCGUCCCAUCAAAAUCGCUAUAUCCCGAUGGCCGUUACGCCGAUCUAUGGAAAACCUACAAGCCGCCCGUCGACGAUGCCCUGGUCAUUGGAGGCAAAGAACACAAUCUAUCGGCCGCGCAAGGGGUGCAGCAGAUGAACGAUCGGCGCAAACAACGUCGCGAUACGAUAGGAAGAGUAGCGGCUGAGAAUUGUGCGGUGGAGCGGGAAAAUGCGUACCGCUGUUUUGAGAAGGGCACCUUUUGGGAGCGGAUGAAGACCCGGUCGAUGAUGGGCCAAGAAGAGAACAAGAUAUACAAUCGCUGCUAUGCUACUCAAGCUAAAUUCCUCCAAGCACUAGGAUACGCAGCUUCACCGGAUUGGGACGAGGAGAGGGAGGAACGGAUCCAGAUGCACGCCGACAAGCUAUAUCACCAGAUGCUUGAGUACGAGAACCGCGUCAAGGAAGCUGAGGCUGCUGGUCUAGAGCCGCCGCCUCUCACUUCCCUCUUUAACCCUGGGGCGGAGACCGUCAAGCACACCGAGAAGGGGUCGACGACCGUGGAGAUUCCAGGAGGACAGGCGGUUCCCGCAGGCUUCCACCCGGUGAAACCCUGGGAACAGCUCACUCCUCACGAGCGAGAGCUGGAACUCAAGAGUCACUAUGCAGAGUUAGAGUCGGAGCGGGUGUAUGUCGAGGCAACGGCCCCGUAUGUCAAGGCCCAGGACGAAGCUCGGGCAAAGCGUCGGGAGAAGGCUGUCAGCUGGUUUGGGGAAACGGUGGGAAAAUGGAUCACAUAG